GCUGCACAUACAUUUCUGUAGACUGUUUCGUAUUGUGUGCGUGUGCUCUCUACAGAAAUGAUUUACUUUACUUCACAGCUCAGUGACUUACAGUAGAGGAACCUGCAGCCUGAAACACUGCUCUGACAAACCGAUGCUCAUCUGAAUCACAACGAAACAGGCGCCCGAGCGCGGCUCUCUGUCUUCAGAUGAAAAUUACACUCAGUUCUUUGAAAGUGCAAAAAAAGGAAAGAUUCUCAACGUCACGGGGCGAAAGGUCGCGUCUUCAUCACGUUCUCUUUGACAGUUCCUCAAAAGGAAAACAACAAAUCAACCCCCCUCUGCUGUCGUUGCUUUACAAGAGACUAACUGCAGAGAGAUUUUGCACUGUGAGAGGACCUCUGAAUGAGAAGAAGCAGUGAACGUGUCCUGUGCAGCCUCCUGAGGAAGCCUGUUCUGUUUAUAGCCACAUCAGUGUCACAGCAUGUCUCCACCCCUCCACUCAGUAAAACUCCCCAAAACAUUUCCUUCUUCAUCACUCUGAAGAGAGCAGCGUGCGAGUGCAACAUGACCACGAAUGGCAGCGGCUUGUGGGUGUGAGAUAGUCUCAUUGUAGCUGUUUCAGUCUUUUAGUCACUGAGCUGCAACAUGGUCGGACGUGAAGCUCAGAUCAGUCGUCCACACACGCUCAUCCUCGGUCUGAUUCUCACAUACCACACUACUCUGACCUCUUGUGUCCAGGAAUCCUCAGCCUGUAAAAACCUUACCUCCCAAUACCAGCACUGCAGGAUUCACCCAGCCGGAGUCCACGAUUUAGACUGCUUCGCUAAAGGUUCCACUCAAAAUAUGAAAUGUGUGUGGAAACCUGGAAAACACACGGCACAGAAAACGUACACGCUCCUCAUACAACAGCGUAGAAGAAAUUAUUGCAAACUUUACAGCAACAUCACUCAAGGCUAUGAGAAAAUAACUAUAUUUUCGAGUGAAAACUUGACUGCCGAGAUUUUUGAAACUAGUGACUCAGCAAAUUGCACAAAAGCAGUUUUCCGGGGGUCCGCAAACAAAUGGAUGCGAUGCGGCCCUCCAUAUAACGUGUCUUUCUGGCGACACGCUGGAAAACUGGAUGUGAGCGUCAGCUGGCUAAAGGAUGACAGAAACUUUAUUACCAAAUACUCUGUUCAAUAUAAAACACUCAACAGCCAGUCAUGGAACAAGACGGUGCAGUGCCAGAAAGAAAAGACGUGCACAGUGGGGGAUCUGAACUCCUCACUGGUCUAUAAUGUGCAGAUACAGUGUGUCACCAAUAAGAAAUGCUCACAGUGUCCGUGGAGUCAAACGUACAUCGUCCCCUCAGAAUUAACAUCACGACCUGUCUUGGACCUGGUUGAAGACAGUAAUCUUGCGAGUGAAGACGGGAGACGACUGCUCUUUCUAUCAUGGACGUUCUCCGCUAAGGGGGCGUUUGACGGCUACUCAGUGACCGUGGCAAAAGCAUCAGGAGAGGCUCCGUGCGAACAAAUCAACACCACCAAGCCUGAAGUCAGACUCGUUCUGUCUUAUUCAGCGUUUCACGUCGGCAUUCGUGCUUAUAACAAUGUCAGCAGGUCACCAGCUGUAAACAAGACUAUACCGCAGCGACGCAGAGGGUCCGGUGCUGGAGACACGAGGCUGAACGUGACCGUUCACAGCAACAAAUCCUUCACCGUCCACUGGAGAGACAGCCUCAAACGCUACGUGUGCUAUUGUGUGGAGUGGAACAAAAGGGGCCACAAAGCAUUUUAUAAGUCGUUUUUUGAGAAUGAGAAAAACUACAAGACCAUAUCUAUUUCAGCAGAGCAUGAGCCUUUGGAGCCUUACGAGAGAUACACCGUGGCGCUGCACACGCGGCCCGACAAGGACACGUGCAACCUGAAGCGCGUCAACAACAGCGAGGCCACUUAUGGGAGCACACGGUUCUACUUCAUGCAAGGAACUCCCGUCAGAGCGCCGGCAAACAUCAGCAGCUACAACAUGACGGCGGAGUCCGCGGUGCUGGAGUGGUCGUCCAUCGCGGAGGAAGACACCCGGGGUUUCCUGCUGGGCUACACCAUCCACUACACGGAGUACGGCCACAGCACAACAGAGACAAAUGUCACGGUGGGUCCCGAGAUGAACCACUACACAUUGGACAAUCUGAAAAGUGGCACAAUCUAUGAACUCCAGAUUUCAGGCUUCACUCAGGCCGGAGAAGGAGUGCGAAGCACAUCGUACCGCCUUAAGACAAACCAGCAAGGAGAUUCUAAUUCGAGUGUAGUGAGUAUUAUCAUCAUCUUUGCUGUUGUCGUCACUGUGCUUCUGUUUGGACCCACAAUAAUAAAAAGAACUAAAGUGGUCGUGUGGCCGAGCAUUCCCAAUCCUGUAAACAGUAAUGCAAUGAAGCAAAUGGAAGGAACCUGUGAGCUGGAACUCCUGGAGUCCAUCAACACCCUAAAGGUGGAAGAAUGGGACACAGACAGCCUUCAGAUCAUCGAGAAGGAAACCGUGAUCCCCGCUGACUCGCUCCCACGUCUGCACAGCUCCGAGGACGAGGGGUCGGCUCCGGACUGGCUCCAGAAGGACCCAGAAGACGCUCCAGGAGGGGUCCCACCAGACGCCGUGUCAGAACUCCCACAGGGAGGCUUCCAGAGCUCUGCGUUCACGUACACAAGUGAAUACACCACCAUGGAGAUGUUCAACCAAAUGAUGCCGCAGUGCGUCCAGGCCAAUACGGACGGUAUGGAGGCAGAGAGAAGCGACCUGACCGUGGGAAAGUUGGACUACAUACGACAGUUCAGUUCCAGCCCAACAAUGGACAGUGAGUUGUCCACAUUCUUGUGAGACUAAAGAGCCAGACGUUCUCCUAACUACAGUAAGAACAACUGGAACCUAAAUAUCAACUACUGGAACUACUAAUGAAAAGGCACUUGAGUCAAAAAGGGUGUGAACAUUAUAUUUAGGACAGAAGAUGCGUCUACCUCUUUAAAGCAUCUGUGCACACUAUAGAAGAGAUCUGUUCAUCCACGUCCUCAUAACUACUUACUGUAUCUAAUAAACAACGAUCCUUUACUGUCCACAGACACAGCAUUAACACGAGGAGAUGGCAAAUUGAACUUUUAUUCCCUUCCAAGGCCUUUCACUGAUUUGCUGCUUAAGAGUUUUUUAAACCGUAUGAAUUAUUAAAGCAAACUAAAAAACAAGUGUAAAUAAACAAUCAUGUUGUGUUUGACGGCUGAUCAGGUCCAGUGUUGAGAUGUCCCACGAGCAGGAUCACACACAUUUAAACCGCCUCAGCAUGACGUAGAUACAGUAUAAACAGUCAAAUCCACACAAGGAAUUACCAGAAAAUUAUUUUUUACUAAACAUGGUGAGUUCACCGCUUUGAAACAAAACACUGCACGCAAGAACAACAAAAAAACAAAACAAAAAAAAAAAAACAGAGAGAAGAAGCUGCACCAA